AUGCCAUUAUCCGCCAGCACUGUCUCCCCCGAGGACCUCACCUUGGACGGUCUCACGCACAUCAACUUCGCCUUCGUCUUCUUCGACCCGUCCUCGUUUCAGAUCGUUCCCAUGGAUAAGAACGCCGUCGCCCUCUUGAAUCGGUUCACUAAGCUCAAGGAAAAGAAGGCUGGCUUGCAGACUUGA